UGCUGUCUGACGCUGGAACCAGGAAGGCGCUGAGCUUGAACUGAGGCGAGUUGGGCGGACGCUGGCGGUGUCUCAGCGGGAGCGGCGUUUCCAGCUUAUAGAAAUGGGACGCCGGUCAUCAGAUACUGAAGAGGAAAGCAGAAGUAAGAGAAAGAAGAAGCACCGUAGACGAUCUUCGUCAAGUAGCUCUUCAGAUAGUAGGACAUACAGCCGAAAGAAGGGUGGAAGAAAAUCAAGGUCAAAGUCAAGAUCUUGGUCCAGAGAUCUUCAGCCUCGUUCACAUUCUUAUGACAGAAGACGCAGGCAUCGAUCAAGCAGUAGCUCUUCUUAUGGCUCAAGAAGAAAACGAAGUCGAAGCCGCUCAAGGGGUCGAGGGAAAUCCUAUAGAGUUCAGAGGUCUAGGUCAAAAAGCAGAACAAGAAGGUCCAGGUCAAGACCCCGCCCACGUUCCCAUAGUCGAAGCAGUGAAAGGUCCAGUCACAGAAGAACCCGCAGUCGAUCUCGGGAUAGAGAGCGACGUAAAGCCAGAGAGAAGGAGAAGAGGGAGAAGGAGAAGGGGAAGGACAAGGAUGUGCACGGCACCAAGCGAGGGGAAUCUGGAAACAUCAAAGCUGGAUUAGAACAUCUGCCACCAGCUGAGCAGGCCAAAGUGAGACUACAGCUGGUUCUUGAAGCUGCUGCGAAAGCUGGCGAGGCACUGAAGGCCAAAGAAAGAAAUGAGGAAGAAGCCGAGAGAAGAAAGGAGGAAGACCAAGCCACCCUGGUAGAGCAAGUAAAAAGAGUAAAAGAGAUUGAAGCUAUUGAAAGUAAUUCUUUUGUUCAGCAGACAUUCAGAUCAAGUAAAGAAGUCAGAAAGUCCGUGGAACCCAGUGAAGUGAAGCUUGCAGCUGCGGCAUCAGGACCAGCAUCGGGAGCCGCUGACCCGCCCAGUGUUGAAAAAGAAGCAGACCCUAGCUGCAUCCCUACUGCCAUCAAGUACCAAGAUGACAAUUCUCUGGCCCAUCCGAAUUUAUUUAUUGAGAAAGCAGAGGCUGAGGAAAAAUGGUUCAAGAGAUUAAUCGCUCUCCGACAAGAAAGGCUAAUGGGCAGUCCUGUGGCCUAAGAAUAUACGUAUUUUUGAAAUGAUGGUAAUGUUAGAAAUUCAGGUUUUUAAAUCCCAGUGUUAACCUUUUGUGCUCAAAAAGAGUUUAGCUUAUUAUAUAAAAGGGCAGUCUUGUUUCAUUCUUUUCCCAUUUAGGUAGGCUUUGAACUCAAGCAAACAUUGUGGGUACUAAAACUAGUGUAAAAUUAAGAUGCAUGAAAAUGUUAUACUGUUAAUAAAGCUAAUCAUAAAAUAUCCGUGUUGAUAUGAAAGAUACACAGUAGUGUUUCUGAGUAGAAUUUGAAAAAUGUUGGGUUUUCGUUUAAAGAAUUUUGAUUAAUCAUGCAUAUAUGAGAAUCAAACAACAUCCUAUAAAUAGGAGAUUUCAUUUACUUUGUAUUAUAAAACCAUUUUUAAACCUUUAUUUCACCUUAUUACAAAUUUUAAACAUAAUAAAAAAACACUAAAUAAUCUAAGAAUGAGCAUGUUAAACUUAAAAGGAUAAUACAUUUAUUUUAAAAAUUUCUCGAAAUUUAAAUAAAUUGGUGAUUUUGCUUAGAGAUCAGCUUCUACUAGGCUACUUCUUUGAAACGUGUUAGAAGAUCUCAGCUCAUCCUUUCAGAAAUCACACGUUUAUGCUACAUCUCACCAGAUGGCCAAAUACACAAGAUGGGGAAAAUCAUUUCUGCAAAAGCUGAUAAGAACUCUCCCUUCAAUCUUACUUAACCAGCUGCUGUUCCCUGCAGAGGAAGCCAGCUAAUUGUAGUCUUGAUAGGGCUCUCUCUUGUUGUAGAAAACCUUUCUCUACAAGCUGAACAGAAGUCAACCCUGCAUUCCAUACAGAACUUGCCAGAGAUAAGGACUAUUAGGUCUUGCUUUCCAAAACUAGUUUUCAACAGUUGACAUGAGUACUUCCCUUUCUAUGCUGUAGAGUUGUCCAAGCCCACUCUAAUGUACUGUCCAUGAAGACUGCACUCCAGAACACAAGACAAGCAUGAAGAGCCCUUGGGGUAGGAUUACUAACAUAUAGGACAUUUUAAUGUCAUCUUUUUUAUAUCUCUGGAACUACUAAAAUCCUAAUCUCUGUUGAAAACGAAAAAUAUAAAGAGCUUACACUCAAAUGCAAAAGGCAUGGAGAAUAGACUAAUGAUGAAAUACUUGUUUUCAUACAAACAUGUUUUUCCAUUUUAAGUAGAUACUAGUGUUCUUUUUCCCUUAACCCAUUGCUCGUCGAGUCGAUUCCGACUCAUAGCGACCGUAUAGGACAGGGU